AACCAGAGGUAGAAAGUAUCAAUGAGGUGUUUAAAAAAAACAAUGAAAGUGAAAUGGCUAAGAUGUCGGACCUUAUUGCUCGUUUAGAAAAAGUAGAAAAAGACGUUAUGGAACUGAAAUCGCAUCCUUCCUUUUCAACAAGACUCGAUAAAAUAGGUCAAAAUCAAUUCGAGACUGAUGAAUAUGCAAAGGAAGAUCAAACCCAAAUGAAAUCGGAACAGAAUGCUAAAGGGAAUAAACAUCCUAAACUGAGACAUGAGGUUAAAAAUGAGACCAGUUGUACAACUGAACUGAAUCCAAACGGUCAUUCUACAACAAGGAAGCUCGACAGAAUUGUGUAUGUAUACAUUAAGUCUCCAAGUGAGGUGACGAAAAUGUUGAAAAGGCAAUUAAUGGAAACAUUAUAUGCUCGUUUAAAGUAUAUAGGAUUUGUGGAAAUUCAAAAUAUAGACGACAUUGAAAAAGGACCACCAUUGCUUGCUCUAUGUGUAAAUGCAAGUAGAAUGAAAACUGAUGCAAGCAAUGCAAUAAAAAGAGUAAGAGAAUUAAAGAAUACGGUGCUUGUCAUCUUCCAUCAUGUUGAACAUCAUGCUGACGUGUCCUGGCAAAGCUCUCAGUCCUUGAGUGGUCAACAGUUUAGUAGAUUAGCAGGAAUAUAUGAUAUGGCCUUCCUUAAAGAAAAGGGUUUCUAUCCAUGUGAUAUAAACACUAAAACUGAAGACAGUAUUGUGGCUUUUCUUACAAAGCAAUAUCCUAAACCUGAAAAGGGUAAACUUUCUUCAAUGUUUUAAACAACACUAUUAUGUUAAUCGUUCUUUAAAAUAUUGUAUUUAUCUAUUGAACAAGUGUACAGAAUGAAUUUGCUAUUUUCAUAAAAUUGCACUGAUCGACUUUAAUAUUUAAAUGUACCUGUUGGUAAAAGACAUUUCAUAAAGACAAAGAUCAUACAAAGAAUAUCAUUUUAUUUGUAAAGAAUCAUUAAGCAGAACUUGCACAGAACAAACAGUAUAACGUGCUGCGUGUAA